AUGCGGCGUUCUUCAAGCUUGUUCUCAAAUUAUCUAACUGCAAAAGUCCUCAAUCGGCAGGAUCACCCAUUAGUGGAUAAGUUCGGCCGAUAUCACAGCUAUCUGAGGAUUUCGCUGACUGAAAAAUGCAAUUUGAGAUGUAAGUUUUGUUAUACAACUUUUUCCAACAGGUUAAUAUGUGUGGGUUAGUUUAAAAAAGGUUUGUUAAGAUGUAGCAAAUGUUUUAUACAUUUUUAAUUUUUUAACUACAAACUCUGUUUUUAGGUACGUAUUGUAUGCCAGAAGAAGGAGUAGAUCUUACACCAUCGAAUAAACUGUUGACAAAACAUGAAAUAAUUAAAUUAGUCAGACUUUUUGCUCAAAAUGGUGUUGACAAAGUCCGGUUGACUGGAGGAGAACCGACAAUUCGGGCUGAUCUAGAAGAAAUAAUUCGAGAAAUACGAGAUACAAAAAUGAUAAAUGAGAUUGGAAUUACUUCAAAUGGCAUUGUUUUAAAACGAAAGUUGAAAAAGCUAGUAGAUGCUGGCUUAAACCGGUUAAAUUUGAGUUUGGACACUUUGGACGAAAAUAAGUACAUGAUAAUUACCCGAAGGAAUGGAUUCAAUAAAGUUAUGGGGUGCAUUGAUGAAGCUCUGCCUUUAUUUGAAAGAGUGAAGUUGAAUUGUGUUGUUACACGGGGUGUCAAUGACAUGGAAGUUUUGGAUUUUGUGGAGUUGACUAGGCAUAAGGUAUGUCUUCUAUACAGAAAGUAAUUAAGGAAAGUAUUGUUUAAUCUUAAAACUAUUUUUUAAGAGCCUUGAUAUUCGCUUCAUUGAGUAUAUGCCGUUUGGUGGUAAUAAGUUUGAUUCCAAAAAGAUGGUGUCGUUCAAAGAGAUGAUGGUCAACAUAGCUGGCCGUUAUGAUCAAGUAAUUCGGUUGAAAGACAAAGCAAAUGAUACCAGCAAGGUGAAAUUUUUUAUUGAUGUUGUAACAAAAAGAAAAGUAUAAAACAUAAAUAUUUUUAAAAAAAUGUUGUAUUAAUUACUAUAACAUUUUGUAUUAUUAAAAUUAUUUUUUAGGCUUUCAAAGUAAACGGAUAUGAGGGCCAAUUUGGCUUUAUUACCUCAAUGUCAACACCAUUCUGUAGUACCUGUAAUCGUCUCCGUAUUACGGCCGAUGGUAAUCUAAAGGCAAGAUGUACAAUAGUGGUAUAUUUUUGGUUUAGGUAUGUCUUCAUGGAAACACGGAAACGAAUCUGAGGGAUCACAUGAGAAAAGGAGCAUCGGACCAAGAACUUUUGGACAUAAUUGGAAGUACUGUAUUCAAAAAGAAAGCGGCUCACGCUGGAAUGGAUCUUUUGGCCAAGCUACCCAAUCGCCCAAUGAUCAAAAUCGGCGGUUAAGCGGUAUUGGUUAUCGUGUGUUUUUAAUUUUAUUUUACUACUCGUAAUUGCAUUGGUUAUUCGGUUUUUUGUGGUAUUGCCAAACUUUUAAUUACAUUUUUUUAUCAAUUUUGUUAUUAUAUACUUAUUCAAAACAGGGUUUUUAAAAAUUUUCUUUAUUAAAAAGUUUUUUUUUUCAGAAUCAUUUAAAAGUUUAGUACGACAUUACAGUACUUUAAGUCAUAUUGACGAAUAUGGAAAAGCUUCAAUGGUUGAUGUAUCACACAAACAGAUUAUUCAAAGAGUUGCUCGGGCGGCAGCACGUGUAAUUGUAAGUUAAGAAUAAAACUUAAACUCACAAGGAAAGUAUCCGGCCUGUCCCGCUCUGAUUGACUUUAAACUUUUUAUAUCGAGAUCAAAACAUUGCGUUUUGAAUUUUCCGCCAAAUUGGCGUUGUGUUUUAAUCUUAUAACUUUGCUAUUUUUGAAAAGCGCAAGCUAAAAUUUUUUAUGGGUAUUAUUGGUGAUACAAGGAAUUCACAUAAAAAUUUUGAAUGGAUUCUGAACGGGGCAGGCAGGGUACUUUCUCUGUCAGCUUUUUUAAAUUUUUUUAGGAUGUUUUUGAUAAUCACGGUACACAUUUGUUAAAUUUAAAAAAAAUAAAUUUCAAAUUUUAGGUAACGGACGAAAUAAUGAUUGAAGUGAGAGAGAACAAAAUUGAAAAAGGUGAUAUUAUAGCUACAGCACGAUUGGCUGGUAUUAUGGCAGCAAAGAAAACGUCAAAUUUGAUUCCAUUAUGCCAUCAGCUCAACUUGUCUAAUGUUAAAAUUUAUUUUCAACUUUCUGAAGUAAGGUUUUAUACUUUUAAUUAUUUUUUUAAAAAAAGUUUUGUUUCUUAUUGAGGAAGUCAGGGCCUUCUAUCUAGGGGGUUUCUCUCCUUAUAGAAAAUUUAUACGGGUUGCACUGGACGAAUUUCCUGAUAAUUUAUAGAAUAAUAUACUGAUCGAAUCUGAAUGUAAAUGUAAUGGCGAAACUGGAGUGGAAAUGGAAGCUUUGACGGCAGUUUCGGUAGCAGCUUUAACCGUUUAUGAUAUGUGCAAAGCCUUAAGUCACCAUAUUGUUAUUUCUGAUAUUCGACUGAUCUCAAAGUCUGGCGGGAAAACUCAUCUUCGUUUGAAUAACAAAUAA